AUGCCCGCGCUACCCUCUGAGCCCCUGGAGUGGAAUGAGUCCAUGCAGGCCCUGCGCAUCAGCGUGGGGGGCCUGCCCGUGCUGGCAUCCAUGACCAAGGCUGCAGACCCCCGCUUCCGACCACGCUGGAAGGUGAUCGCAGUCUUCCUGACCCUCGCUGCCCUCUGGCUGGUCUACACCCACCACCUGCCUGCCCACCGCACGCCCUCUGCCAGGCCCCCUGCGCCCAAUGCCCACAACUGGAGGCUGGGCCCCGCUGACAGCUACAAUGACACCUACCCGCUGUCCUUGCCCCAGAGGAUAGCCGGGGGUAUGCGAUACCGCAUCGCGGUCAUCGCUGACCUGGACACAGAGUCCAGGGCCCAGAAGGAGCACACAUGGUUCAGCUACCUGAAAAAAGGCCACCUGACUUUGUCAGACAGCGGGGACCGAGUGACUGUGGAGUGGGACCCAACCCACCAGGUCCUGGAGUCCCACCUGGCAGAGAAGGGGCGGGGCAUGGAGCUGUCAGAGCUGAUCGUCUUUGAUGGGAAGCUGUACUCGGUGGAUGACCGCACAGGCGUCAUCUACCGCAUCGAAGGCCCCCGGGCCGUGCCCUGGGUCAUCCUGGCCGAUGGGGAUGGCACAGUGGGCAAAGGCUUCAAAGCUGAGUGGCUGGCCGUGAAGGACGAAAGUCUGUAUGUGGGUGGCCUGGGAAAGGAGUGGACCACCACCACGGGUGAGGUGAUGAACGAGAACCCUGAGUGGGUGAAGGUGGUGGGCCGCAGGGGCAGCGUGGACCACGAGAACUGGGUGACCAGCUACAAUGCCCUGAGGACCGCCGCCGGCAUCCGGCCACCAGGCUACCUCAUCCACGAGUCGGCCUGCUGGAGCGACACCCUACGGCGCUGGUUCUUCCUGCCACGCCGCGCCAGCCACCAGCGCUACAGCGAGAAGGAAGAUGAGCACCGGGGCACCAACCUGCUGCUGAGCGCCUCGCCCGACUUCCAGCACGUGGCCGUGCGCCGCGUCGGCGAGCUGGUGCCCACGCACGGCUUCUCCUCCUUCAAGUUCGUGCCCAACACGGACGACCAGAUCAUCGUCGCCCUCAAGUCCGAGGAGGACAGCGGUCAGGUGGCCACCUACAUCACGGCCUUCACACUGGACGGCCGCACGCUCCUGCCUGAGACCCGAGUCGGGGCCGUCAAGUACGAGGGCAUCGAGUUUAUCUGAAGCCACCGAGUAAGGCAUGACCCGCAGUGAUAAAGCCCAGGACAGGCCGGCACCUGCUGUCUCUCCUCAGACCCCGGCGGUCUGAACCCAGGUCUGCCCCUGCACAGCCAGCCACCCAGACUUCUGUGCGCCGCCGCCCUCUGGUGGUCAUGGUGGUCACUGCACCUGGGGCCUGCGGUUCUCACUCCGAGCCUCCCCACUUCCGUCUUCCACUCUCUGCUCAAUGGGCAUUACCUGAGUGUCUGGCCUGGGGCCCAGACGUGGAUAUCAGGGGACGUCACAGGGUGGUGUAGAGAGGACAGGCUCUGGGACACGGGCCUGGCCCUGCUGGAUGCCGGCCCAGUACUCCCCCAGCCCCCACGCCAGCGUCUCCUGCCAGGAUGCCUCCGCAGUGAAAGUCAUGUUCUUCCCUGGGAGCGUGGGGCCACCUGCUCACAGAGAACAGAGUCCUGCAGGACGGCCCCCCAGGCUGGAGAUGGCCACGGGACUCAGUCUCAGGCGGCACUUGUAGGGGGAGGGGAUGCCGCCCUGCCCAGCCCUGGCAGCGUCUGGGGUGACUCAAAGUCUCCCGGACUCAUUGGACCCAGGUUCUGCCCACCUACACAUGGCCCUGGGCCCGGCAACUUCAUCCCGGGCUGUGUGUCUGAAUGAGGCCCUGCCUUGGCACGUGCACAUGGGGGCACGCACGCGCACUCAAAACAGGCACAGGGUCCUUGGUUGCCCCUACUGUCUGUCCUGCUGUCCUCUCAGUGCUGCAAGGCAUAGGCAGGCUCAGGCAGAUGCUAGGCCCGACCAGCGUUGUGAAGGGGUGUUUUGCCUGCCCACUGCCCCUCCCUAAAGAAGUGACCUCAUUCCAUGUGG